GUAUGGUUCUGGUCCGGACUGAGACGGGUCAGCUGGUGAUGGUCCCUCAGCAGGUUCUGGCUCAGGCUCAGGCUAAGACCCAGCAGAGCCAAGCGGUGGCCAACAUCAGCCAGAGACCGACCGCUGGGACCGCCAUCCGGGUCAGCACCGCCCCCACGGCUCCUCAGACCGUCCGCCUGGCCUCCCCCGCUCAGACCAGAAUGGUUCAGCCUCCGUCCACCACGACAGUACAGAAGACCAUCACGGUGUCCCCCGGCGGUGCAGCGGUGUCUGUGAAGAUGCCCCCCCCUCAGAAGGCCCAGACGGUGAUCACAGCGGGGGGGGCAGUGAAGCCCGUCGGAGUCGCCCCCCCCACGCCGGCUAACAGAGUCACCGUGGUGUCCCAGGAGAUGCAGGAAAACGUGAAGAAGUGUAAAAACUUCUUGGCGACGCUCAUCAAGCUGGCUUCACACAACUCACCGUCACCUGACACCUCGAAGAACGUCAAGGGGCUGGUGCAGGACCUGCUCGAUGCAAAGAUUGAGCCUGAAGAGUUCACCAGUCGACUGCAGGCUGAGCUGAAGUCUUCUCCACAGCCCUACCUCAUCCCCUUCUUAAAGAAAAGCCUCCCCGCCCUGCGUCAGUCUCUACUCAGCAGCCAACAGUCUCUAGUGACUCCUGGUACCUCAGCCCCCCCCAUCCAGGUGGCCCCCCCCUCCAUCUCCACUGCCACCAUCAGGCCGCGACUACCCAUCAGCCCGGCCGGAGGCACCGUCAGACUGAACGCACCGCUCACCAACACUGUGUCUGUGGGCCGAGCAGCUGUCCAGAGUCGAACACCUGUCGUCUUCAGUCAGACGCUCAGACCUCAAGGUACACUUGUCAGAGGACCUACAACUAUAAUCGGUAAAAGUCCUCUGAACAUGGCGGCUCAAGCCAAUCAGAGGAAGCUGAGCGACCCUGGGGGCGGGACAUUCAGAGACGACGACGACAUCAACGACGUGGCGUCCAUGGCCGGGGUCAACCUCAACGAGGAGAACGCACGCAUCCUAGCAACCAGCUCGGACUUCGUGGGUACAAAGAUCCGUUCGUGUAAAGACGAAGCCUUCCUCCCCACCGGCCUGCUGCACCGCCGCAUCCUGGACACAGCUAAGAAGCUGGGAGUGACCGAGGUUCCUCUGGAGGUGGUGAACCUGGUCUCCCAUGCCACCCAGUCCAGACUGCGCUCUCUGCUGGAGACGGUCUCAGCCGUCGCUCAGCACCGAACAGACGGAGGGAAGGAUGAAGAGCACCAUGAACAGACGUCAGACGUUCGCUCUCAGCUUCGGUUCUUUGAGCAGCUGGAGCGAAUGGAGAAACAGAGGAAGGACGAACAAGAGAGAGAGAUCCUGCUGAAGGCUGCUAAGUGGAUCUGUGUUUGUGUCGCGUACGGAGUUGUUGAGACAGAAUCAACGGUUGAUCUCUGCUCAUCAUGUCUCAAUGAAUCCGUUCAUACCUUUCACCUCAAAUGUCUGAAAAUAGUAAAAAGAGACAAAAGUUUACCAAAGAAAUGUAGCUUAGUCCAGCUGGUUUUAAAUGUGGUGUUGAUGUGGUUCUGGUUCAGUAUUUUGACCCUGUGUUGCUCCUCCCUCCGCCCCCAGGUGGCCGUGGGUUCGGGUGCUGGUUCCUCCCCAGGCUCCACCUCCUCCCGCCAGCAGCUCCGUCAGCGGAUCACACGAGUCAACCUCAGGGACUUCAUCUUCUGUCUGGAGCAGGACCGCUCCACCGCUCGCUCCAUGACGCUCUACAAGGCCCUGCUGAAGUAAGGAGUCCCCCCGACGCUCUACAAGGCCCUGCUGAAGGAAGGAGACCCCCCCGACGCUCUACAAGGCCCUGCUGAAGGAAGGACUCCCCCCAGGAGGAGCACAUGGGGCCCUUGUGCAUCACUAACUGGACUACACAUCAACCUCCACCGGUCCUCAUGGUCACAAGUCAGUCCCUCCUCAGUCCCAGUUUGUCCUCAGAUGGUUUUAAUGCUGACCUCCAGUGCAGGUCAGACCAGAGGAACUCAUCCGUGUGUCUUCACCAAAUAUUUGGUCCUGAAUGAGCGUCUGAAGGCGAAGCGGACGUUUUAUUUACAGAAAGAUAUGAAAUAAUAUUAAAUGUGACACAAUAGAAACUAAAAGCCAGAAGAAGCAAACAGAUGUUUAGAGAAGAACAAGUUGACUUUGAUGUUUAGUUCCCUGAUUUAAAGGAGCAGGUGGUCUCAGCAGACCUCAGUUAGGUCUGGUUUGAGGUUCAGGUCCUGGUUCAAACGCACGAGUCCUAGAACAACAGCUCAUGAUUCUGGUUCAAACAGAAAUGUCUUCUGAACUAAACGGUUCAUAACGGUUUCAUUCUGGUGUGAGCGGACUUUAACUCUGUCAGAACCACAUUCUCCUUCUUCGUUAGACCCAGCGCCUACGUUACCCACAAUGCACUGGCAGAUUGUCGAGGUCUGGUCAGCUCACUUCAUCGUGUAUUAAAGUUAAUCUUGAAUAUAAAGCUUGAUGCUUAAACACAGGUGGAGUUUAUCUUUGAUAUGAAUAUGAGGUGAGCUGAUCCCAGGUGUUUGACUCCAGCUCUGCACCUGAACAGGUGUCUUUAGGGUCGUGUGUGUGUGUGCGUGCGUGUGUUGUUCAAGUAACAGUUCAACAUCUUGAUAAAUCCUCAGAUUGAUUCCACUCUCAUGUCUGUACAACAGCUGGUUAGCUUAGCAUAAAGACUGGACACAGCUAGCUAAAGAUCACUAAUUUUCUGUUUUUACUUCGAGACUCAGCUGAUAAAAUCUGCACCAAACCUCCUUAAAGAAACAGUGAAUUGGAGUUCAGAUUAAUCAAAGGAGCUCUUAAUGCUAAGCUAAGCAGCUGUAGCUUCAUGUCCCUUUAAUUUUAAAUAACUCUUCACAGGGAGCUGGUUCUCCUUCAGACGGUGGAACUCACUCAGGCUACGAUCAUGAAGGCUAACAAACAAAACUUCAGACAAACAUUCCUGCAGUUUUAUCUUCCUCUUCAUCAUCCUCUUCCUCCCGUCUGACGUGAUUUUUCUUUUAGCUCAACAUGAAAUAUAAAUCACAAAUCUCGACCUUUUGUACUGUUGAACGUUUUCAUUUGUCAGAGUUUUGCUUCAGUUUGAAAGUUUUUAAGACUUUUUGGAAGUGUACAUUGAAGGUUUUUAACGCUUUGAAUGUUCCCCUCGUAUCGGGCAUUUGGUUUGUAAAGUCUGUCGCUCUGCGGAGAUCUUCUGGAGAAACUUUCAUCUGUAAGAACGACACAAUUUGUGCAACUAUUUAUAUUUCCUACAUUCUGUAUUCAAUCCUGACACAUUUCAGGCAAUUUUACAGUUGUUUGUACCUUUGCAAAAAAAAUGAAAUAAAGAAAACGAUAAAGAA